AUGUUUUGCAACAAUGAUGAGCUGAUAAGUUUGGCGAGCUCGGACCUCCAAGCGGUGGAAGUCAUCGAUCCGAGCUUCAUCUGUUUCACGAGUUUAUGGGGUAUCGCCCUUCCAGGAGCUGGUUCGUGCACAAGGAGAUGGGCCAUCCUGGUGACUUUCCUGGUGCUGGCCUGCGGGGCUCUUUGCUUCAGUCGAUUUUUCCACCCAACGGGGCCCAGCUGGUUAGACUCCUGGACCUUGCUGCAGAAUGUGGCGGCGCAUCCCAUGGUCUUCAUCCUACUUCAGGUGCUUCUACGCAUCCUGCGUUCUGAGCUGAUUCUCGAUUUGUUGGAGCAUCACAUCGACUGCUCAAAGGCUCAAGCGGCAAGCUUGCGCUUCAGAACGAAGUUCCAAUGCAUCUGCGUUUGGUUCCUGACUCUUUUGGUGUCAGCUGCUACCUGGUGGGGAUAUUUACCAGGUUUUUUGCAUCCCGACUAUAUCGGGGCGCUUGGGAAUGAACUGCCAGAUCACCGCUUCUUUUUUGGCCUUUCACAUUCCUUUGCCUACGCCUUCGUGCUGCCAAUUAUGUAUGGCAGUGGCCUAUCGGCUGUGAUGAUCUUGCUGCUGAUCCAAGAAUUGUGUUUUAUGGGCUUCACCACCAACCUGCAACGACUGAAUUCCGACCUCAGCCGCUUGGGUGUGCCUGCAGCAGUUGCCUCCGCAUCUGCUUUCCGCGUCGAAGAAGGAGACCUUGCACGCUUCAAAGUGGGCUUUCUGAAGACAUGGCAACUACAGAAAGAGAUCCAGCGACGGAUUGCCAUCCCGUAUUUGCUCUUCUGGCUGUGCCAAGUUGCGGCAUUGCCUUGGUCCGUGAUGAAUUUAUCAAAAGGUUUCGGCCCUGACUUUUCGGACGAACGUCUGAAUUUGUUGAAGAAAUACGAUCAUUUGCUGGUUCGUCUGUUGGCUUUGCUGGUGGCCUCCCCUUGGUUUGGUCUGCCUACCUGGAUCUUCGCGCUAUAUCCCUGGCUGCCCAUGUAUCAUCACUGGCAUUUCUUUCAUCUCACACGACAGUUGAUCUUUACGAAGACACAGGUUGAGGUGGCCUUUCGCAGUUUCCUCCGUGAGUUUGACUUAUACUUCAGUGCUUAUGCCCUUCAUGCCACACCUGCGACGCUGAUGGUCUACGUACCCAUCCUGUUGGUGAACACCUUGGGGAAUGUCGCGGACAAAGUUCGGCUCCUCACCGCUCUUUGA